AUGGUCAAGGAGAAUGUCGGGGGAAACCCCGAACCGGGAAUCUAUAGCGCAACCUAUAGCGGUAUUCCAGUAUGGGAGUAUCAGUUUGGUGUCGAUCUCAAGGAGCAUGUAAUGCGCCGUCGCCACGAUGAUUGGGUCAACGCUACACACAUCCUCAAGGCUGCCGGCUUCGACAAGCCCGCCCGAACGAGAAUCUUGGAGCGCGAGGUACAAAAAGACACCCACGAGAAGAUUCAAGGCGGAUACGGGAGAUACCAGGGCACCUGGAUCCCUCUCGAACAGGCCGAAGCCCUCGCUCGCCGCAAUAACAUCUACGAACGGCUAAAACCCAUCUUCGAGUUUCAACCGGGCAACGAAAGCCCUCCUCCUGCACCUAGACACGCCAGCAAGCCAAAGGCCCCCAAGGUCAAGCCUGCUGUUCCGACAUGGGGCAGUAAGUCGGCAAAGAACGCCAACCCUCCUCAGCCUGGCACCUUCUUACCACCCGGUCGCAAAGGUCUUCCUGCACAAGCCCCAGACUACAACGAUGCCGAUACGCACAUGCACGACGACGAUACCCCCGACAACCUUACUGUGGCCUCGGCCUCCUACAUGGCCGAGGACGACCGCUACGAUCAUUCACACUUCUCGACCGGGCACAGGAAACGGAAGCGAGACGAGUUGAUAGAGGAUAUGACGGAACAGCAGCAUGCAGUCUACGGUGACGAACUACUCGACUACUUUUUGCUCUCUAGAAACGAGCAGCCGGCCGUGCGACCCGACCCUCCUCCCAAUUUCAAGCCCGACUGGCCCAUCGAUAACGAGCGUCACACAUGUCUUCAUUGGGCCUCUGCCAUGGGCGAUGUCGAUGUCAUGAGGCAGUUGAAGAAGUUUGGAGCUAGCUUGGACGCACAAAAUGUACGAGGAGAGACACCGUUUAUGCGAGCGGUCAACUUUACCAACUGCUUCGAGAAACAGACCUUUCCGCAGGUUAUGAAGGAGCUCUUCUCCACACUUGAUUGCCGGGAUCUGUCAGGUUGCACAGUUAUACACCACGCUGCUGUCAUGAAGAUUGGGCGUGUCAACAGCCAGUCGUGCUCGCGGUACUACCUAGACAUCAUCCUUAAUAGGCUGCAGGAGACACACCACCCCGAGUUCGUACAACAGCUUCUAGACGCCCAGGACAACGAUGGUAACACGGCUGUCCACCUCGCCGCCAUGCGCGAUGCCCGAAAAUGUAUCAGGGCCCUCCUCGGCCGUGGUGCCAGCACCGACAUCCCGAACAAGCAAGGCAUACGUGCCGAAGAGCUGAUAAAAGAGCUCAAUGCUUCCAUCUCCAAAUCCCGCUCCAACCUCCCGCAACGGUCCUCCAGCCCGUUUGCUCCCGAUACCCAACGCCAUGAUGCCUUCCAUGAAGCCAUCUCCGAGUCCAUGGUCGCGAGCCGCAAGAACUCACAGCCGAACUACAGCAGCGACGCGGCCAACACGGUGCAAAAUCGCAUCACGCCCUUGGUCCUCCAAAAGCUCAAGGACCUCACCGCCACCUAUGACAGUGAGUUCAAGGAGAAAGACGAUGCCGAAAAGGAAGCCCGGCGCAUUCUCAACAAGACCCAGUCCGAGUUCAAAGCCCUCACCGCCUCCAUCGACGACUACAACUCCCGCCUCGACACGGACGACGUAGCCGCCAAGACGGCCGCGGAGAUGGCCACGGCGCGACAUAAGGUGUUGGCGUUCGUGACGCACCAGAACCGUAUAUCCGUGCAGGAGGCCGUGAAGCAAGAGUUGGCCGCACUGGACCUCGAAGACCAAGACCAGGAAGAAGAGGAAGACGACUACACCCACCGUCUCUCUCUCGCUGCCGAGCUGCGCUCCAUUCUCCAAGAACAACGCUCAGCAGAAAACGACUACGUCGAAGCCCGUGGCAUGCUAGGCACAGGCGAGCGCAUCGACAAGUACAAGCACCUCCUCAUGUCGUGUCUGCCGCCGGAUGAGCAAGAGAACCUGGAGGAAAACCUGGAGGAGAUGAUCAAGUUGAUGGAGCAGGAGGAUGAGAGUGUUACUGACUUGCCUGCUGGUGCCGUGGGCGGCGGCGGUGGGGGGAAUGCUGCUGACGGUUCCGGCGCAGGAGGUCAAUCAAGUAAUGGGAGGAGGGAGAGCGUGUUGCCUGCGCUGAGGGGUGGGAAUGGAGAUGGAGACAUGUCGAGGAGAGGGAGUAGGACCACUGCCGCCCAUGUGGAUGGGGAAAGGGAGAUUAAUGGUCGAGCUGGAGCGGAAAGAACGGAACGAAUCCAAGAAAUCGCGGCUGUUUAGAACGUGGACGCGAUGAAUCUGGCUGGGGGGUGGUGGCAGGGACCGCAGGGACCGCACGUCCCGCAGUGGGGAUAUGAUGGAUAUGGAUACGGAUAUGGUAUGAUGCAGACGGAUUCCGGUUUGACAAGUCAGGGAUGUACGAUGCAUGAGGUAGAGGGAGGCAUCGCAAGUCUGGUGUGGCAUGGUGACUCGGGAAGAAACGGGAGCGGCAAAAGAUGGAUCGCAGGAGAAAGUGGAUAUGCGGAGCUACUCCCGCAAGUGAAGGAGGAGGAAGAAUAUGAAGAAGAAGAAGAAGUGGAUGGAGAGGAGGAGGGUCAAGUUUUGCCUAGGUUGCCUCC